AUGGUUGAUUCUACUUCUGGGUGUGAGCAAAUCUACAUGUUGGAUGCUUAUCAGGGGUACCAUCAAAUCCCCCUUGCCCUAGAGGAUCAGGAGAAGAGCAGGAGGAACGUUGAAGUCUACGUAGAUGACAUCCUCAUUAAUUUCACUCAAGCAGUAGAUCUUAUUGCGAAUGUCGAAGAAACUUGUCGCACCUUGUGGGAGUACGGGUUAAAGAUGAAUACCCUGAAGUGCUUAUUCGGAGCUAGAGGGGAGUUUUUGGGAUACCUGGUCACUGAGCGGGGAAUUGAAGCCAACCUGGAAAAGAUGCAAGCACUUCAAGACAUGCAAGCUUCGUGA